CACCUUUAAGGCGGCGCGGGGACUGCUGGGAAGGCCGGCGGGAUGGAGGCGGCGGGACCCGCUCACGGCUGCGGGUCCGGGUGAAGCGGGGCGGGAGCCGGAACCUGAGCAGGAGCCCGGCCCGAGCCGAAGGCGUAGGUCCGCGCGGGCUGAUCAGGCCCGGCACUCGCCUGCCCGCCCCCUCGCCUUCACAGGCGGCACGCCAUGGCUACGAUGGUGCUUCCGCGGGAGGAGAAGCUGAGCCAGGAUGAGAUUGUGCUGGGCACCAAGGCCGUCAUCCAAGGCCUGGAGACCCUACGCGGGGAGCAUCGUGCCCUUCUCGCUCCCUUGGUAGCUCAUGAAGCUGGCGAGGCGGAGCCGGGCUCACAGGAGCGAUGUGUCCUCCUGCGUCGCUCCCUGGAAGCCAUCGAGCUGGGUCUGGGGGAGGCCCAGGUGAUCCUGGCGCUGUCGAGCCACCUGGGGGCCGUGGAGUCAGAAAAGCAGAAGCUGCGGGCUCAGGUGCGGCGUCUAGUGCAGGAGAACCAGUGGCUGCGAGAGGAGCUGGCCGGAACCCAGCAGAAGCUGCAGCGCAGCGAGCAGGCCGUGGCCCAGCUCGAGGAGGAGAAGCAGCACCUGCUGUUCAUGAGCCAGAUCCGCAAGCUGGAUGAGGACACGUCCCCCAGUGAGGAGAAGGGGGAUGUCCCCAAAGACUCACUGGAUGACCUGUUCCCCACCGAGGAGGAGCAGAGCCCAGCCCCCAGCCCUGGAGGAGGGGAUGUGGCUGCCCAGCACGGGGGCUAUGAAAUCCCAGCACGGCUCCGCACGCUACACAACCUGGUGAUUCAGUACGCCUCCCAGGGCCGCUACGAGGUGGCCGUGCCACUCUGCAAGCAGGCGCUCGAGGACCUGGAGAAGACCUCAGGCCAUGACCACCCUGACGUCGCCACCAUGCUGAACAUCCUGGCUUUGGUCUAUCGGGACCAGAACAAGUACAAAGAGGCUGCCCACCUGCUCAACGAUGCCCUGGCCAUCCGUGAGAAGACACUGGGCAAAGACCAUCCGGCUGUGGCCGCAACAUUAAACAACCUGGCAGUUCUGUAUGGCAAGCGGGGCAAGUACAAAGAGGCCGAGCCCCUAUGCAAGCGGGCGCUGGAAAUCCGAGAGAAGGUCCUGGGCAAGUUUCAUCCGGACGUGGCCAAGCAGCUGAGCAACCUGGCCCUACUGUGCCAGAACCAGGGCAAAGCCGAGGAGGUGGAGCACUACUACCGCAGGGCCCUGGAGAUCUACGCCACCCGCCUUGGGCCUGAUGACCCCAACGUGGCCAAGACCAAGAACAACCUGGCCUCCUGCUACCUGAAGCAGGGCAAGUACCAGGACGCAGAGACCCUGUACAAGGAGAUCCUCACCCGCGCCCACGAGAAAGAGUUUGGCUCUGUCAAUGGCCCAGCAUGUGCCCCAGGCCGUGGACUUGAGGCGUUUAAGGACCCGCUCCCCCCAGGCCUCUAUCCCAAGCCCCUCAAACACAGGCCCGUACCAUGUCAUCUCCGUGUUCCAGAAGAGGGGGACAACAAGCCCAUCUGGAUGCACGCAGAAGAACGGGAGGAGAGCAAGGACAAGCGCCGGGACAGCACCCCCUACGGGGAGUAUGGCAGCUGGUACAAGGCCUGUAAAGUGGACAGCCCCACAGUCAACACCACCCUGCGCAGCUUGGGGGCCCUGUACCGGCGCCAGGGCAAGCUAGAAGCUGCACAUACACUGGAGGACUGUGCCAGCCGCAGCCGCAAGCAGGGCCUGGACCCCGCAAGCCAGACCAAGGUGGUGGAACUGCUGAAAGAUGGCAGCGGCGGGCGCGGAGACCGCCGGGGCAGCCGAGAUGUGGCAGGGGGGGCCGGGGCACGGCCUGAGUCUGACUUUGAGGAGGCAGGGCCUGCAGCUGAGUGGAGCGGGGACGGUAGUGGCUCCCUGCGGCGCAGCGGCUCCUUUGGGAAGCUCCGAGAUGCCCUGCGGCGCAGCAGUGAGAUGCUGGUGAAGAAGUUGCAGGGUGGUGGCCCCCAGGAGCCUCCUAACCCCAGGAUGAAGCGGGCCAGUUCCCUCAACUUCCUCAACAAGAGCGUGGAGGAGCCCGUCCAGCCUGGAGCUACCGGCUUGUCGGACAGCCGCACCCUCAGCUCCAGCUCCAUGGACCUCUCCCGACGAAGCUCCCUCGUGGGUUAAUCCUGAAAGGGCAGCCAGUUGCCAGAGCCUCCACCCGGCACUGCCCCCACCCCCAGCCCUUCGCAUGGGCCUGCUGCUUGCCCCACCUGUCUCUCCCAAGGACCCCCGUCUUUUCUGUUCAAUCUCAGGGUAACCUCCUCCCUUGUCAUCUCAGCCUGAGCCCUGGAGGCUGGGCCUGCCCGCUCCAGCUCCGGCUCUUAUUUAUUCCAUCCAGCAGGGCCCCCUCUUUAGGUUCAGGGCCAGGUGAGAGGCUGGCCAGAGUCUCCAAGAUAGAGACUCAGUGGCCCGCCCUCCCCAGGCCCCACCGAGCCAAGAACACUAAGCACCUGCGGUCCCUUCAGCACUCCUGCCCUUCUGCCCCCAACCCCCCGGCCGUUGCUUCUGUAUAUAGAGAAAUAAGUUAUUGGCCGCGCCCCUCCCCUCAGUCCACGGUACUGCCCGGUUAUGCCCUCACCGUGCCCUUCUCUAGUGGUACCGCCCAGGCCUUAAUCACCCCCAUUCCGCGCGGUGGUAUCUUCCAGGCUCUACAUCUCGGGGAGCGGCGCCUCCCCAAAGGGUUCCCUGGGCCUUCUCGCGCUCCUCCUGGCCUCUGAGGGGCGCGUUGAGCCCCAUCAUCGCCCCAUCAUCGCCCCAUGCCCCAGGACGGAGAGCCCUACCCUUGCCCGUCCUCUCACCGCCGGGUCCCGCCCAGCGUCCCGGCCUUAUGCACUGCCCCUCCCGCCCGGCCCCGCCCAGGCACGGCCUGACCCCGCCCCGGGCACCGCCCGUCGAGCCAUCCUGCCACGCCUCUCCCCUCGCCUGCGGCUUCUUGCUAGGGGCAGUGAUGGCCCCUGUGGCAGGAGGGGCUGCCCCAGUUGCGGGGGUGAGGCGGUCUCUCUCUAUUUUCAAAUGUUGCUGUAGAAAUAAAGACCGUUUGAAUCUGA